AUGGCGACUGUGAAGCGGCGCGAGUGCGUCUACUUUUACGAUGAGGAGAUGACCAACUACAACUACGGGGGGGGCAACCCUAUGCGGCCGCAUCGCGUCAAGCUCACCACACAGCUGGUGAAUGGGUAUGGUCUUACGGAUCAAAUGCAGAUUCUGCGACCGGUGGAGCGUACCCGUGAGGAGAUCAUGCUGUUCCAUGCUGACGAUUAUGUGGACUUCCUCAACUCGGUCACGCCGGACAACCAGGAGGAGUUCAUGAUGCAGAUGCGGCGCUUCAACCUCGGCCCCGUGGGCGAGGCCGACUGCCCUGUGUUCGACGGCAUGUUUGAGUACUUCAGGAUGUACAGCGGGGGCUCGGUGGGCGGGGCGGCCAUGAUCAACGACGGCCAGGCCAACCUGGUGAUGAACUGGUCGGGGGGCAUGCACCAUGCCAAGAAGGGCGAGGCCUCUGGCUUCUGCUACAUCAACGACAUCGUCCUGGGCAUCCUGGAGCUCCUCAAGACGCACCAGAGGGUUCUGUAUGUAGACAUCGACAUCCACCACGGCGACGGCGUGGAGGAGGCCUUCUACACCACCGACCGCGUCAUGACCGUCUCCUUCCACAAGUACGGCGACUUCUUCCCCGGCACCGGCGCCGUGGGCGACAUCGGGCACGACGGUGGCAAGCUCUACGCGGUGAACGUGCCGCUGGGCGACGGCAUGGAUGACGAGUCGUACAAGAGCGUGUUUGAGCCCAUCAUGGCCAAGGUCAUGGAGAUGUACCAGCCCAGCGCGAUUGUGGUCUGCGGCGGCGCAGACUCGCUGUCCGGGGACAAGCUGGGCUGCUUCAACCUGUCCAUGCAGGGCCAUUCCAACUGCAUUGAGUUCCUGGCGCGGUACAACGUCCCGCUCAUGGUACUGGGCGGCGGCGGCUACACCAUGCGCAACGUGGCGCGCUGCUGGUGCUUCGAGACCGGCCAGCUGCUGGGCGUCGAGCUGGAUGACGACAUCCCCGAGCCCGCGCUGGGGGAGUACGACUACUACAUGGACACGCACAAGCUGCGCAUUGCAGUGAGCAACAUGAAGAACACCAACACGCGCGAGGCGCUGGAGCGCAUCAAGGUGCAGGUUCUGGCCAACCUGGCCUUGCUCCCGCCCGUGCCCUCGGCCCAGAUGGCCCCCCGCCCGCCCAAGACCGAGCUGCCCGACAUGCCAGAGGUGGACAUGGACGCGAGGGGUGGGGGCCAGGCGUACGAUGACAAGCGCGUGGCGCACGAUAAUGAUUACGCCUCGGGUGAUGAGGAUGUGCAGCCGGCCCGAGACCUGCCUGUGAGGCCCAAGGAGGAACCGGUUGACCUGGGCCUGCCCACCGUCGCGCUGGUGGACCGUAAUGGCUCGGCACCCUCCCAGCCCAUGGACGUGGAUGGCUUCGGCGAGGGCGGCGGGGAGGAGAGCAAGCCAGCAGCCGCACCCGCCGCCGCGGCCGCCCGCCCCGAGUCGCGGACCGACGAGUCCUUCCUGGCGUCCGCCACGGAGGGCGCGGCGCCGGCGCGGGAACCAGCGCUGACGCUGACCGGGAUCGUGCAGCCCAUGGAGGAGGAGGGCGCGGCGUACGAGACCAGCCCGGGAGCGCCGGGCGCUGGACUGCCUGUCGCGACCACUCCCGCGCCCGGCCAGCCGGACGCCGGCGAGCAGGGCUUCUUCCCGGCGGACCUGGCGCAGGCGGCGGGCACCGCGGCCGGCGACCAGGCCGUCAUCCCCGAUGCGGAGGAGGUGCGACAGGCGGUGGCCGACGCCGCGCCCUCCCAGGACCUGAUCGGCCAGGCGCAGGGCUGA